GUCAUUGUACUGUCUGGCGAUCAUUAUUGUGUGUGAAUUGCAGUGAGAUUUUCCGCAUUUUCCUCCUCAAUUUCAUGCACUUUCCACGUAAAUUUGGCAGAGUUGUGUUCACGGAACAGCCAAGGAAGCACUGAUAGCAAAAUUUGUGGUAGAUUAGGCGGGAGAAUAGGUGAAAAAUGGGCUUAUUUGGCGCUUCGUCACCUUUCGAUACUGACAUUGAAAAAGCCACCAGCGAGAAGAAUACGACAGAACAAUGGGGGGUGAUAAUGGAUAUAUGUGAUAAAGUCGGAUCGAGUUCCAUAAAUGCCAAAGAUUGUCUCAAGUCCAUCAUGAAGAGAUUAGCCCACAACGAUCCCCAUGUCGUCAUCCAAGCCAUCACCCUCCUGGACGCCUGCGUGAACAACUGCGGCAGGAAUUUCCACCUGGAAGUCGCCUCCAGGGAGUUUGAGAAUGAGUUCAGGCGCAUCGUGUCGAAGAAUUCGGCUCCGGUGACGGGAAAACUCGUGGGAUUGCUGAAGAAGUGGUCCGAAGACGAGUUCAAGACAGAUCCACAGCUCAAUCUCAUUCCCUCAUUCUACCAGAAGCUGAAAUCCGAGGGUCUGGAGAGCAGCGACGCGGCCGACAAGCCAAAGCCGCAGCCCACAUUCAGCAAGGACCCGAACGUGGUGCAGAGUCAGCAAGAGGCGGAUGACAUCGCCAAGGCGAUUGAGUUGUCGCUGAAGGAGAGCAAGACAGCCUCGCCCAAGGCCUCGGCGGGUGGCGCGUCCUCAUCUUCAGUGCUCUAUCCACUCAUUGGCAUGUCCGGCGGCGGCAGCUUCACUUCCUCCGCGGCAUCCGCCGCCGCACAGGAGCCGCGCAAGGUGCGCGCUCUGUACGACUUCGAGGCCGCCGAGGACAAUGAACUCACGUUCACGGUGGGCGAGAUCAUUCACGUGCUGGACGACAGCGACCCGAACUGGUGGAAGGGAUACAAUCAGCGCGGCGAGGGUCUCUUUCCCUCCAAUUUCGUCACGGCCGAUCUGAGUGUAGAGCCCGAGGCGAUGCGCCUGGAGAAGGUGAAGAAGUCGGUGCAAUUCGAGGACGAGUCGCUGCCCGACGAGGAAGACAAGCAGGAGCCGGUGGAGAUCAACGAGGAGAAGAUUGACAGGCUGCUGCAUCUGCUGCACGAGGCGAAUCCCGAGGAUCCCAGCCAGGACACGCCUGAGAUGCUGGCGCUGGAGCUGCAGGUGAACCAGAUGGGGCCGCUAAUUGACGCCGAGCUGGAGCGCGUGGACAGGAAGCACGCUCAGCUGACGCAGCUGAGCAGCGAUCUCGUGGAGGCGAUCAACCUCUAUCACACGCUGAUGCGGGAGCCCGAGAAGCCGCCCAGCUACAUGCCGCCGGCCUUCAGCCAGCAGCCUACGUCGAUGUACAUGCCGCAGUCGAUGCCCGGGAUGUACGGAAUGCCGCCAGGCGGUCUCUAUCAGCUACCGCCGGCGUCCAGUGGUCCCGGAAUGCCUCCACCGGCCAUGCAAAUGAUGUCUCAUCCGCAGCACGCUCCGCCGCCUCACAUGCUGCACCAGGCGAUGGCCGGCAUGAGUCUGGCCACGAACGUCACACCGUCGAUGCCGCCGCAAAGCCAGGCGCCCGUGCCCGUGGCCGUGCCGCCGCAGAUGCAGAACGGACAUUCCUCGGCCGUGCCGCCGCCGGGACACAGCUUCCCACAGGCUUUUGCUGGACAGCAGCAAAUGCCGCAAAUGCAAUCGCAGAUGCCGCCGCAGGGCGUCUUCAUGGGCGGCCCCAUGUUCCGGCCGCCGCAAUCCAUGGACGGCGGUGGUGUGCCGAUGCCGGACAAGACCAACAUUCCCGUGUAUCAGCAGCAGCGGUAAACACACGCGCACGCCUUCUCGCCGCCCCCUCAGCAUCACCCCGAACAUCCUUUCCUCCUUCUUUUUUUUUGUAUAAAUCGCAAGUCCUGCAAGUCAUUGGCCGGCGCAACGCCGGCUGUUUAGCAUGAUUAUACUGUUCAUUUGGCGAUUGAUUUGAGGUGACAAAUAGUGUUGCAGGAAGUUGCACUUGUCUCUAUGUAUAAAUUACUUGAUAUUUAACUAUAUUAUUGUGAAAGAAUUAUUGAUAAUCGUACUAUUGACUAAAUAA